AUGAACUGUAAUCCAGUUCUUUUAGCAAGACAUUUCCAAUACCGAGUUGAGAUCUUUUUUAAAAUCAUAGUUGUCAACGGACCGUUAGGUAUAGUAAACUACUACGCCAUUAGAGUUGAAUUUCAGGUAAGAGGUAGUCCACACAUCCACUUUUUAUUAUGGGUUGUUAAUGCACCAAUUUUACGUAGCGAUAAUAAGAAAGAAUAUAUUGCCUUUGUGGAUAACAUAGUUAAAUGCCAGCUUCCUAAUAAAGAAAGCAACCCAGUUCUACACAAACUAGUUUCGACAUAUCAAACACAUUCUCAUUCCAAAUCUUGUCGAAAGUAUAAAAACAAGAAUUGUCGAUACUCUUUCGGGAAAUUUUUUACAGACCAUACAAUUGUCGCUGACAACAUCUCUAAGGAAGAAAGGGAAACACAACUAAAGGAAAGGAAGACUAUACUAGAAAAAGUAAAAACUUACAUAGAUUCAAAUUUGAAUCCAAGAUUAAACAAUAUUCUGCAUCCUGAUGUACCUAAUUAUACCCAACCAGGUACAAUUGAAAAAAUUCUUCAAAGUUUAGCCAUUACGAAAGAAGAGCAUGAAAAUGCACUGAGCAUAUCUCCUGAUAGUGGAUUUCAAAUUCACUUUCGAAGGCUUCCAGAUUCCUGUUUUAUAAAUAAUUAUUUUACCGAAGGCUCGAUGGCAUGGGAAGCCAACAUAGACAUUCAACCUGUUCUUGGUUAUUAUAAAGCAGUGUCUUACAUGUGUGCUUAUUCAUCUAAAGCUGAAGACGAAUCUUCAGAAGCGAUGAAAAAAGCGGCAUCACAAGCAUUAGAAACUGGCGACUCGUUAUUUUUACAAAUAAAAUCAAUUGCAAAUGCGUAUCGAAAUCAUCGUGAAAUGUCAGUUCAAGAAGCAUUUGCUAUUAUAAUGCCAGAAAUAUGGUUACGAAAGACAUUUCCUGUUGUAGUUUUUGCAAACAGUAACAUUCCUGAGAAGAGAUAUAGGGUAUGUCGUAACGAAGAAGAGAUUUUAAGUUUGCCACCAGACAGUACUGAUAUUUUUAAACGAAAUAUGUUGGAUAGAUACAUGGAUAGACCAAAUCCUGAAUUUAAAAAAAGGAAAUACCCUAUGUUGGAACAAAUGUGUUAUGCUGAGUUCUUGUCAAGCUACUCUAUGAAAAUAAAACCGAAACCAGAAGAUAAAAAUGACAGUCAACCAGAAGUACUUGAAGAAAUAAUAGCUGAUACUCACAUGGAAUCUCCUUAUCCGAAAAAUCUACCUCUUAUGUCCUCAAAAGAAAUGUUGUCUUUACGAAAAGAAAAGUGCGUUCUAAGGUACCAUGUGCCUAGUCGAGAGAAAAAUCCAGAAGGUUAUGCACAUCAUUUGCUCUUUAUGUUUUAUCCUUUUCGCCAGGAAGGAGAAUUGCUAAGCAAAAACUCAGGUACUUACUCAGAGAAAUUAUUAGAAAACGGUGUGUUAGAAAUUAUAAAUACAAAUAAAAGAAUAUGCGAACCAUUCGGUGAACUUGUUGAAGAAGCAAUGAUAAAGUUUCACACGAAUGUAAAUAAUCUUGAUUCCUUCGCUGAACAAGAAAAUGACGAUGUUUUUGAUAAUAUGAGCAAUAUAAAUUACCAUUGCAAUGACAAAGUUCCAAAUGAAACCGAAAACGUCAUAGUUAUUGGGAAUAAUAUUUCAUCGGUUAGUAAACCUGGAAUUUCUGAUGGCGAACUCCAUGAAAAAAUUCGAACAUUAAACAAAACUCAAAGGCGAAUUUUUGAAGUCGUAAAUGAUUGGGUUAGAACUUACACAAAAGGCUUGGCAUGUAACGCACACCACAAAAUUGAGCCAAUUCACAUCUUUCUAACAGGAAGUGCAGGUUGUGGAAAGUCACAUUUGAUAAAAACAAUUUCUGACAUGCUAAAUAAAGCACUUUCUUUUCGUGCAGGGAACUUAGAAAAAGAUAAGAUUCUCAUUCUGGCGCCAACUGGUGUUGCUGCUAUCAAUGUAGAGGGAAAUACAAUACAUUCAGCUUUAGGUAUACCAGUUGAUAGAAGUUUUAGUAAAAACAUUUCUAAGUUGAGUGAUAAAAAGAGAUGCAUGUUGCGAAAUAAGUAUUCAGAGCUAAGCAUUAUCGUAAUAGACGAAAUCUCAAUGGUUUCAAACAAGCUGCUGUUGCACAUUCACCAACGGCUAACUGAGAUAUUUGGAUGCUCAGAGGACAUUCCAUUUGCGGGAAUAUCUGUUAUAGCAUGUGGGGAUUUCUACCAACUUCCACCAAUUCAAGGAAGACCAAUUUAUGCAGACUACAAAGAUGUAUUGCUAAAUCUUUCGCAUUGGUGGAAAUAUUUUAAGAUUGCUGAACUGACAGAGGUUAUGAGGCAGCGUGGUGAUCAAUGUUUGAUUGAAUUAUUAAACAAUAUCAGAGUGGGAAACUUAGAAACGCGAUACGAAGAUUUACUAAAAUCUAAAUUUAUUUUUCAAAAUGACCCAAACUACCCCAAAGACGCGAUUCAUAUUUUUGCUGAAAACCAACCUGCUUCUGAACACAAUAAAAAGAUGCUAAACAGUAUAGCAUCGGAUGAAAUAAAUAUCGAGGCCAUUGACAAAAUUCCAAAAAAUAUUCCUGUGUCAAUGGUGCAAAAACUCCAUAGCCGCACUCAAAUGGAGACAGGUGGACUAGCUCAAAACCUUCUUUUAAAACUCAACGCGAGAGUCAUGUUAACAUCAAAUAUCGACAUAUCAGAUAAACUUAUUAAUGAACAGAUUGGGACUGUUCAUCGCAUAAAAACCGAUGGAUUAGGAAAAGUAACAAAAAUAUAUUUGAGAAUGGAAGACAAAAGUACAGGAGUUAAAGCUAUGAGAACAGAUUCUUAUGCUAUGCAAGAAAAUGCCUGUACUGUUCACAAGGUUCAAGGAAAAACGUUUGAUAAAAUUGUUGUUUGUUUUGAUUUAAUAAAGCAACGAGCUUUUAACUCAGGACAGAUCUAUGUUGCAUUAAGUCGAGUCACAAGCUUAGAGGGUUUAUACCUGACGGGGACAUUUUCCAGAUCAGCUAUUAAAUCAGACACACGAGCAACCGAGCAAUACAAUUAUAUGCGAGAACACUCAAAAUUGACAUCAAAAGAUACUGGCGUAAUUAGUGAAAAUUCUAUAAUAGUAACUUUGCUUAAUACAAGAUCCUACAACAAACAUAAAAAUGAUAUUAAGUCCGACCGCGUUCUCAUGGAAAGUGAUUUAUUAUGCCUAACAGAAACUCAGAUACCAUUUAAUUCAUACUGCGACACAAAACUAGAUUACUUUACUUUAAUCCCAAACAACAAUAUAGAUAGGUUUUCUAGUCUUUUGGUUGGUCAUAAUGAAACUAUAGAAUUGUUUGAUAUUGUGAAAAUUCCAGCCUCUUUCAGCCUUAUUUAUGGAUAUUCCUAUAAAGUUCUCCGACAUUUAAGCAUUUAUGUGAGAAAUUUGGGUGUUAUUGUUGGUGAUACAGCUUCAUAA